UGCAAUAUAAUGUUAGUAAAAAGAGGCUAAUAAAUUCAAAUUUAUAUGCAAAUCAACAGUAACUUGAUAAACCCUAAACUCAAAAUCUCAACUUCUCCUGUGAUCAGUCAUCACUGCUCGCCGGCGGCAGCCUCCCAGGCGCCAUCUCGCCGCCGAUACCUCUCUUCUUCUUUCUCCCUCGGCGCGCGGAUUCGUUUCCCUUCCUCUUUCCGCCGCAAAUAGCGACCACCAGGGCCUCCACCGCCCUUCUCCGUCCACGAAGGCGCCAACCAGGUCACCGGUACCUCCUUGUUCGGCCUCCAACUACAGUAAACAAUCAUCAACUCAGCAAGUGUUGGUUUUUGGUGUGGAGAAGGGGAAGAAAUUGUUGAAGUGGAAGAGAAGACGACAAAGAAAAAAAAGAGCAUGGGGAGAGGAAAGAUUGAGAUUAAGAAGAUUGAGAAUUUUAAUGGCAGACAAAUGGGUUGAUUAAGAAAGCAAAGAGUUGCCUAUUUUUUGUGAUGCAAAGGUUGAUAUCAUCACGUUCUCUGGCACUGUUUGCACCUCCUGGACCAGGGUCUUGGAUAUGCUACUGACCGUCACUGUCUUUCCUGCAACGGUUUGAGACCCACCCCUCAGUCCAUGGUUUUCUGUUAUUCUUGCUCAAUCUGGUGAAGGAGUCCCUCCCUGUGUUCGAUUCUGCUUCUAUUUUUUUCUGCUUUUUUUUUUGUUCCAUUUCUUGUUUUGUUUGUUACUCUUUUUUAUGCUUCUUUUGUUACACUGUUAAUGCUAUUGGGUUAUUAUUUAGAACAAAGUUGAUUGGUUGCAACUUGCUUCAAUGGCUCAAUCUAAAAGCUUUUUGAUUUAGUCUCAAUCUAAAAGCUUCAAUGGCAAUGACUCCAAUUAAUUUCUCCCAUAAAUUUUAGCACUUGUGUAUUUUUUUAAUCUAAAGCACUGGUAUUUAAAAUCUUGUUUUAGGCCAAAAAAACAUUGGAUUACAUUUGGACUUCAGAAAUAUUAGUUUUAAUCCAACUUACCUUACAGACCCUUUACUCGACCCAAUCUGAUCUAGAAAUGACUGGGCUGGGUUGGAUUGGGUCAAAGUCUAAAUGACCGGACUUUAUUCCAAUCCCAACCCAUGGUAACUUCAUUGGUCGGGUAUUGGGUUUGACCAAAUCUGGUCCAACUCGACCCCAUGUACACUCCUAGUUCUUGGCCUGUUCUCUUUAUUGGUUUUAUAGUUUUGCAUAUUUGGCUUGAUUAGGCUCGGACCAUCACUACCACCAUUAUUAUAUCAUAAUUUGACUUGUUUAUGUUGCCUUUUCUAGGUGUUUCUCGGAUGAUACAUACACUAAAAGUGUUGCAUCUGCUGGUGUGACAAGAUAUAUCUAUAAAUGCUUGGGGUGUCAUCAUCAUGUAUAACUGCAAAUAUAUGCCAAACUCUGCUCAGCCUCCUUGGCAAAUGCAAAUCAAUGCUUGAACUGAAGAAGCUUCAUGCUAUUGGGAUCUCUUUUGGUUUGUCUCAAGAAGACUCAUUUAUAUCCAAAAUCCUUUAUUUUUCUGCUGUGUCCAAUUCAGGAGACAUUGAUUAUUCCUACAGGGUUUUCUCCCAGCUUUACAGUCCAACAAUUUUUAGCUGGAAUAUAAUCAUAAGAGGCUAUUCAAAUAGCAAGAGUCCAAUUCAUUCCCUAUCCAUUUUUCUAAAAAUGCAGCAACUUGGGGUUGCACCAAACUACCUAACAUACCCCUUUCUUGUGAAGGCCUCAGCACGCCUUUCAAACCAGGAAAGUGGUGUUUCUCUGCAUGCCCAAAUUAUAAAAACUGGGCACGAGUCUGAUAUAUUUAUCCAAAACUCUUUGAUUCACAUGUAUGCCUCUUGUGGGAAUAUUAUUGGGGCCCACAAGGUAUUUGAUAGUAUGCAGGGAAAAAAUUUGGUAUCAUGGAAUUCCAUGUUAGAUGGCUAUGCUAAGUGUGGAGAUAUGGUUUUGGCUCAUAAAGUUUUUGAGUCUAUGCAAGAUAGGGAUGUUCGGUCAUGGAGUUCUUUGAUUGAUGGUUAUGUGAAGGCUGGGGAGUACAGGGAAGCUAUGGCCAUCUUUGAAAAGAUGCAGGUUGUUGGUCCCAAGUCCAAUGAAGUUACUAUGGUGAGUGUCUUGUCUGCUUGUGCACACCUAGGUGCUCUAGAAAAGGGAAGAAUGAUGCACAAGUACAUUGUUAACAAUGGUUUACCAAUGACAAUGGUCUUACAGACUUCUCUUGUGGACAUGUAUGCCAAAUGUGGGGCAAUAGAGGAUGCUUUGUUUGUAUUUCGUGGCGUCUCAAAGAGUCAAACUGAUGUGUUCAUUUGGAAUGCAAUCAUUGGUGGUCUUGCCACACAUGGGUUAGUGGAAGAAUCUCUUAAAUUGUUUAAGGAAAUGCAAAUGGUUGGUAUCCGAUCUGAUGAGAUAACAUACCUCUGCUUGUUGGCUGCGUGUGCCCAUGGAGGACUAGUUAAAGAAGCAUGGUACUUCUUUGAGAGCCUUGUUAAAUGUGGCAUGACACCUACAAGUGAGCACUAUGCUUGCAUGGUAGAUGUGCUGGCGCGUGCAGGUCAAUUAACUGCUGCAUAUCAAUUUAUUUGUCAAAUGCCGAUAGAACCAACCGCUCCCAUGUUAGGUGCUCUUCUUAGUGGGUGUAUUAAUCAUAGAAAUUUAGAUCUUGCAGAAAUAGUUGGCAAGAAGCUUAUUGAACUUGAUCCAAACAAUGAUGGGAGAUAUAUUGGCUUGUCAAAUGUUUACGCAGUUGUUAAACGUUGGGAUGAUGCAAGAAGCAUGAGAGAAGCCAUGGAGAGAAGAGGGGUGAAAAAAUCACCUGGGUUUAGUUUUGUUGAAAUAUCUGGGAUUCUUCAUAGAUUUAUUGCUCAUGAUAAAACACAUCCUGAUUCGGAAGAAACUUAUUCUAUGCUAAAUUUUGUUGUCUAUCAAAUGAUACAUGGUGUUCGCCAAGACAAUCGGGGGGAGAAUUUUUUGAAUGAUACAUUAAUAGAAGAUGAGUUGACUCUCUUUUGAGUAGAACUGCAUUUAGGUUUGGAGCAGUUAACACUUGUUUUGGAAGAAUUAUUGCAUAUGACCUAGAUUUCAAUGUAAUUAUUAUCAAAAUCCUUUUGGUUUUUGUCUUUAGCAAAGCGUCUUCAUAAAAGUUUAGAAGUCCAUGUAAAAAUAUAGGUUACAUGCUGUUUAAUUAAUAAUGUCCUUGGCCUUUCGGACCAACAAACACAAAAAACUAUUGCUAGGAGAAUAACUGUAACUAGCAGACAUUGUUAGGUGCCAAUAUUGUUUUAAUCAUUACAUCUUAUUUUUCUUGUUUUA